AUGUCGGCGACAGUAGAAGGUGUCGAGGAGAGAACGGAGGAACCAACUCGAAUUCCCGAAGACGAAAAUGUGAUCGAGGUCUGUUGGUUGCAUGUCAUUGUAAACGUUCGAGUUCUUCUCAGUGAUGACAAGUCAAAUUUGUCGUUGCGAAAAGCGGCUACCACUAUAGACGACAAGCAGAGGUGCAGCAAUCAUCCUCUUAGUUCCACUAGUGGUUUCCAGGUCGAUAAAAACACGACAACUCUGGAUCUAACCCGUACACGCCUUAAGAAAAUCGAAGGAUUCGAGUUCCUCAGAAAGAUUAGAAAUUUAUGCUUACGAUGGAAUCUAAUCAAAACCAUCGAGGGUCUAGAUAAUCUCACCACUCUAGUGGAGCUGGACCUCUACGAUAACCAGAUCGAGAAAAUCCAGAACCUUUCAUCAUUGGUGAACCUUGAGGCACUGGAUCUUUCCUUUAAUCGGCUCACAAAAAUAGAGAAUCUGGACAAUCUUACGAAGCUUAAAACGCUGUAUCUCCUGGUCAAUCUGGAAUACCUCGAGUUGGGCGACAACAGGAUCAAGAGAAUUGAGAAUCUGGACGCGAACGUGAACAUCAGUCGUUUGUUCCUUGGAGCGAAUCAGAUUCGGAGAAUUGAAAAUCUUGGCCAUCUCACAAAAAUAGAAGGAGUGUCAAAUCUGUCGACGUUGCGUGAAGUAUACUUUGCUCAAAACGGGAUCCAGUCUACAUCUGGUCUGGAAAAUCUAACUAACCUCGAAAUACUCGACUUUAAUUAUAAUCGAUUGCAAAAAGUAGAGGGUAUCCAUCAUCUUAAGAAGCUUACGGAUUUCUGGGCGAAAAACAAUAAGAUUGAUACGGUAGUCAGGCGUACAAGUGCAAUUCAACCGUUAUGGCAUCUCGUUUUACAUCAGAUUAGCUAA